AUGACGGAUAGCAAGACUUCUACAGACGCACAGAUUUCCAAAACGAAUGGCAAACGCACAAUGGAAAAUAGACACGGACUUAACACAACAUAUGGUGGAAGCAUCGCGAUCGAAAAGCUAUUCGUUACAGAGAAUGUCUUUCAAGAUGUGAAUGAAGAAGUCACUUGUGAACCUAUCAAAAGAUCAAUAACUGAAAAAAUAACGAAAAUCCCAAUAAAAGAUGUGUUAAAAGAAGUAGUGGCAAAAGAAGUAGAUGUAGAGGAGACAGAUGCAGCUGAAGCAGACGCAGAAGAAAAUGUACAAGCCAUUCAUAAUAAAGAGGAAAUUACUUACAACCAAGUGAAAGCACAAACCCAUGUUGACAUCCCAAUUAUUCAACCAAGACAAGAAGUUUAUCAUCAACAAUUUUUUAAAAAUAUUCCAAGAGGCGUUGAAUUAUAUAUUACACAAAAUUUACAAGUGCCAAAAAUUAAACCAAAGUAUGUUGAAAUUCAGGUCCCUAUAUAUGUUCCCUCCUAUGUAGAAGUCCCUAUUACCAGCUCAGUACAUACCCAUUGA